UGCAGAACCGACAAUUACUUACCGCCUGGCGAUUCUUCUCUGUCUCCCUCUCGCUCUGGCGCCGAGCCGUUUGUUCCUUAUUGCCUUCAACGAUACAGCUGGAGCUCUAGCAUGAACAUCGCUGUCCCUGUCAAUGAGCUCAGUCAUCGUGAAAUUACCCCUCAAUCGACAAGUAGUAACGUUCCCGGCAAUUCCGUUCCAGACUUUUCUCUACUAGUCGCAGGUUGUCGAGGAGGCAAGACCUCACUGCUCCGACUCUUACUCGACACCUGUAACAUUUCACCUCGGGCGUCUAGGGACCAGCUAGCAUCAGUCGCUAAAUUUGUACAAGGAUGCAGCUCUCAUACAACUCACAUCAGAUCUACUUCAGUUCCCAUAGAUCUCGAAGCCGAGGGUGGAGGAGAAUUUACGCUUUCUCUAGUCGACACACCGUCCUUAGAUUUCAAGGAUGCUGCUGUCACGGAGCGGUCAAUGCUAGAAACUUUGAGGUUCAUCGAAGGUAGACUAGGUGAAGCUGCGGAUGCGGACUGGGAACAGCAGGACCGUUUAGUGCACCUGUGUGUAUACUUUCUAGAUCCCGAUCAAAUCAUUCCGUCUUCUAUACCUGCACCGCCUGCACCAGUAGUUCCCCGUACGCGCACAAACAGCUUUUCUCAGCCGGACCAAGAGCCAGUAAUUCUUGAGCCCCCUGUGACAAAUAAUCCGCUUCACUACAAACCCACUCUGCCUCCCUUGGACGUGCUUUGCAUUCGGCGCCUCUCUGCACGGGUCAACGUCCUUCCUGUGAUUGCGCGCGCCGACGUUUUGCCCAAUGACAGGCUUUUAGCCAUCAAGAUGGCUGUGCGACGCGACCUCGCUGAAGCUGGAAUAGGCUUCGGUAUAUUUGAUAUGGAUGUUCCCUAUCAACUACCAGAUGAUAUCGCCUUGUCGAAAAGUAGCGAUCCGUCCAACGGGUACGGCGUUCAAUCGAAUCCUGCGGCAACAGCCAGUUCGCCUCCAACUUCUCCCAAUCCUCUUUCAAUGUUGCGGUUACCUUACGCAUUAAUCUCUCCGGACCUGUAUGCGCAUAGCGACGGAGUACCAAGAAUGACCCUCUCGAGAUCCGAUCUGGUUCAGACAUACACCCCUUCUCAAUAUAGCCACCCUCCCUCGAAGCUUGUGCGAGGCAAAUUCACUCGGAUCUAUCGGUGGGGAGGUUUGGACGUCUUAGACCCUACCCAUUGCGAUUAUGCUCAUCUCCGUUCCGCAAUAUUCCAUCACAUGGAGACUCUUCAGAAAUACACUAGAGAAUAUUUAUUUGAAAAGUUCAGAGCUGAUUAUAAGCUUCCUCCACACCAACAACAGCCGCUUCCGACCUCUCGUCAUUCUUUAGCACACUUGUCAUCCUCACAUUCGCACUUGCCUUCACUCGGACAACCAUUGCGGCCAGUACUGGCUAUAGACACUGCUCCAAAUCGUCACAAUUCAAUAUCUGACUCUCGAGCGAUGUCUGUUAGUAGAGACAUUCGCUCUGCACCAAUGUCUCGGAACGUUUCCGAUAACGUCUCGGUGAAGAGUGGUGGAUCUACCGAUACCACCACUAAAGGAACCAAGCAACGCACGAAAAAAAUCACAGUGGCGUGUAACUUCUGUCGAUCAAGAAAGCUCAAGUGCGACGGAGGAAGACCUUCAUGCACACAAUGCAUUAAGCGGUCCCAUCCCUGCGACUAUAUGCCACAGAACAGACGAAGGCGUGGCGUACCACGUCGCACGGACGAGGAAAGCGAAAGCGAAAGCAUCGACGAUCCUUCGGAUGCACCUUCCAUGUCCCCCCAGGUCACCUCGAGACCACGUUCCCGCAGAAACUCUAUAUUCGAUAAACAUAACGAUUACGGUUCAUCAUCCUUACCCCCUAUAACAGGUGGCGAUAUUCCAUCUUCGUCUCGGUUGCGAGGUAACGUUUCCUCCUCUACUUUCGACACUGAGCUUCCACAUAUCGCCACACUCUCACUUCCCUCUACACCUGGGCCACCGAUGUCUGCCCCGUCGCUUCCACCAAUCAGACCUGCAUCCGAACACCAGUCUGCCCAACGGAAACGAGCAUCCACUGUCCCAGGGAAAAGUACCCGACAAGCUUCCCAUUCUGGUCCGAAAGUGGUGGCGUGCAAUUUCUGCCGAGCGCGUAAAACGAAAUGCGAUGGUGCCCAUCCUGCAUGCUCGAGCUGUGCUCGCCGGUCGCUUUCCUGCAGCUAUGUAACUGAUCGUCGAAGUGGAGGUGACAAAGCACGGCGUGCUUCAACAUCGAAGGCAACGGCAUCCCAACAUCCCCCACCGACACCUCAAUUAGAUUACAUACCUUCGCCCCCAUCAUCGAGGAUGGUACCAACACCAUCGAGUAGUGUUCCUGACAUGUAUGAGCGUCGUGACCUGAUGGUCGCUGACCAGGAAGUGGAGCUCAAAAGGUCCUCAGAAUAUAUGGACAAUAUACGCCCGCCAAAGAAAAUGCGGGUUGAGAAUAAUAUUGGUAUACCCUAGGUUUAUACGUGCUGACGAAAAUUUCCAUUCUGUAGAAUAACUGUCUUAUCCCCAUGUUUUUUUGUUCUUGAUUUGGUUCUCUUCGAUCUUCUUGUCGGAUUCUGGGUAUCCUCACUUGGUUGGGUGUUGGUCCUACGACCAUGGAUGGCAUGGGAUGUAAUUGUAAAACUCCUCAAUACUACUUACCUAUAUAAACCUUGCUUGAAACACACAACAAACAUUCAUCUAACUGCAAUUUAACUGUGCAAUUA